AUGCGCUCUUCCGUGGACAUCUCGACGGCCGACAUCAUCGAAGCCGCGGCCAUCGAGCAUGGCGAGUUUUCGGUGGUGGCAAGUCUCAAGAUGUGGAAGGCUGUGACGGGUGUGCUGUGGCGGCAUUUCUGCAGUGGGCAGGCCAUUCGCGUCGAUCGAUUUGGAGUGUUUGGCUUUGACUCGACGACGCAUGCACCAGUAUUUGUACACCACCCGCGUUUCGUCCAAGCAGCAGCGCUCGACGACCCACGUCGACUCGAUUCCCGGUUCACUGCCGCCGCCAAGUUGAGCUUGACAGCCGUUGCAUCCGACGUCGAUGCGACCCGCGACGAAAUCGAACGCUUCGUCGGCCAGCUCUUUACCACGCUGGCUCGGCUCGUUCGAGAAGCACGAGGCAAAACGAUUCGCUUGGGCUGUUUCCCUGUGGGGGAUUGGGUGGUCGCUCGUGGUCGGGCAUCUUUCCAUUUCCACGACCAUGGGAAAAACCAAGACAGCCACUUGCUGCAUUCGGGUCGAUCGCAGAGCGGCUCCUUGGCGAGCAAGUCGUGCGCACCGAGCUCGAUCGGGAAGGCGCGCGGAACCACAACCAAGGACGCAAGACCGGCAUCAAGUCGCACAGCCCAGUCGAAUCCAUCCAACCAAUCCACGGGACGAUCAAGGACUGCAGCCACAUUGAGCGCGCGCCACCGGCCAGUUACGUCGAGAAGCACCAAAUCCACGCACGUCGCGCAUGCGAUCGAUACACAUGACGAAAGUUGCGCAAUGUCCAAUCAUCCAAUGGAUGUCGUCGGCCGCGUCAAGAGCGCCAUCCUUGCGCGCGGAGGGAGCCAUGGCAUUCAGGGCUUGAGUCGCAUCAUGCGGAUCAUGGACGAUUCUGGCGACAAGCGGCUUAGUCGCGACGAGCUUCGGUUUGGAUUGCGCGACUAUGGCGUCGACUGCUCCGACGCGGACUUGGACGUGCUCAUGCACGCGUUCGAUGUGGAUGGCGACGGCUUGAUCUCGUUUGACGAGUUUCUCGUCGCCCUGCGGGGCGACAUCAGCGCGUCCAGGAUGCAGUUCAUCGACAUGGCAUUCCGCAAACUCGACACGUCCGGCGAUGGCCACGUCACGAUUCAAGACCUGUGCGCGCUUUACGACGUGACCAAGCACCCGGACAUGCUUCAGGGCAAGAAGACCAAGGACCAGAUCCUGGCAGAGUUUCUCGGGCAAUGGGACACGAUCGACCACGAUGGCGUUGUCGAGUACGACGAAUUCGUCAACUACUACCGGAAUGUCAGCGCAUCGAUCGACACAGACAGCUACUUUGAGCUGAUGAUGCGAAAUGCGUGGCACAUUGGCGGCGGAGAAGGGCAGUGCGCGAAUUCGACCAUCAAGCGGGUCUUGGUCACGCAUGCCGACGGCCAUGAGACGGUUGAAGAAGCGCCAGAAGGGAAGUCGCCGCUUGAGACGUCCCGCGAGUCGGAUUUUGUCAAGUAUUUCAGCUUGCUCCUGUUUUCGCCGCCGUGUUCGAUCGACGAGUUUGCUCAAAAGCUGGGGGCGAACCGCGUCCUCGGACAAGAGCGCAUUCACGUUAAAGUGCUUGCAAAAAUGCUGAUCCAGUUGGACAAGGCGCUGGCGCCACGACAGGCUCACGUCAUUGCCAAGUCGUUUGACACAGCGGGCUCUCAGUUGAUUCAUAUUUCAGCGCUCCACCAAACACUAGCGGAUCGAUUUGGAAAACGCCGCGAACCGCCCAAGACGAUCUUGGACAAACUGAAGUACAAACUCUUCUCCAAGCAUGACACGACCGGCGGACUCGUCGGUAUUCAAAGAGCUCUGCGGGAAUGGGACUCGAGUGGCGACGGGGUGUUGAGCAAAGAAGAGCUCAAGAACGGCCUCGACGACGCUGGAGUCGAGAUGAAUUUGCAAGAAGUGGACCAUAUCAUGACGCUUUUGGACACUUCACAGAACGGAUUCAUUCGGGUCGACGACCUCUUGAAGGCAUUGCGGGGUCAACUGAGCCCGUCUCGCCAGGCGCUUGUUCGCGACGUUUAUGCGAGUUUAGAGGCCAAAUGCAGCGGCCAUGUGACGCUUACUGACUUGAAAACGCACUACGAUGCGGCCCGCCAACGACAUGUUGUUCAAGGAAAGGUAUCCGAGCGGCAGGCGUUGGUCGACUUUUUGUCGUCGUGGGACGCCAUCGCCCACAACGGGCAUGUUGCAUGGAGAGAUUUUGAAGCGUAUUACGAGAGCAUCAGCGCAUCCAUCGACGGCGACGACCAAUUUGAACGGCUGCUUCGUGACUCGUGGCACUUGCGCCCAACUCCGAAGGCGGCGACCGAGCGACCUCCCAACCCAACGCAGGUCGUGCUGGUUUAG